UGGUCAUUCUUGAUUCAAUGUAUAGUGCGUGCGUGCGAAUGUGAUAAUAUGAUUAGAUAGUGGGAAAGGUGAGUUGCUAAUUAUUGAAAUUUACAGGAACGAACAGAAUAUCACCGAAAGGAGGAAGCUUAGUUUCUUCUCCUGUGGGAAUGGCAAUCUCAUAGACGACUGUUGGCGUUGUGACCCUAACUGGCACAAGAACCGUAAACGCCUCGCCGAUUGUGGCAUGGGUUUUGGGAGCAACGCCACCGGUGGUCGUGACGGGCGUUUCUACGUCGUCACUGAUCCAACCGACGAGGACAUGGAGUAUCCCAAGCCAGGUACUCUACGCCACGCAGUUAUCCAAGUUGAGCCACUGUGGAUUAUCUUCAAAAGAGAUAUGGUGAUAACGUUGAAACAAGAGCUGAUUAUGAACAGUUACAAGACCAUUGAUGCUCGUGGUGCUAACGUUCACAUAGCCAAUGGUGCUUGCAUCACCAUUCAGGGUAUAACCCACGUCAUCGUUCAUGGUCUGCACAUUCAUGAUUGUAUAAGAACUGGGAAUGCAAUGGUCAGAAGCUCGCCUUCUCACUAUGGAAUGAGGAAUAUGUCUGAUGGUGAUGCUGUUUCUAUAUAUGCGUCAAGUCAUAUCUGGAUUGACCACAACUCUCUCUCUAAGUGUGCUGAUGGUCUUGUGGAUGUUGUCAUAGGUUCUACUGCAGUCACAAUUUCCAAUAACCAUCUCACACACCACAAUGAGGUCAUGUUGCUAGGAAACAAUGAUUUGUACACACAAGACAAGAUCAUGAAAGUAACUAUUGCGUAUAACCAUUUUGGAGAGGGACUUAGACAGAGAAUGCCAAGAUGUAGGCAUGGAUACUUCCAUGUGGUGAACAACGAUUACACGCAUUGGGAAAUGUACGCUACUGGAGGAAGCGCAAACCCAACUAUAAACAGUCAAGGCAAUAGAUAUGCUGCUCCCAAGAACCGCUUUGCAAAGGAGGUUACGAAGAGGGUGAGGGCCGAGAAAAGUGAGUGGAAGAAGUGGAACUGGAGAUCAGAAGGAGACAUGCUAGUGAAUGGAGCGUUUUUCAGACAAUCAGGGGGAGUAGCAUCAGCUAGCUAUGAAAGUGCCUCGAGCUUAGCAGCUAAACCAGCUUCUAUGGUCGACUUAAUCACUUCUACUGCAGGUGCACUUGGUUGCCGCAGAGGCAAACCUUGCUACUAAUACUGAUCUCCUUCUCUCCUAACAAAACCUAACCCCUUUCACACGUACUUUCAAAGGGUGAAAAAACUUUUUUUCCCUUUUAUAUUUUUCCAUGGCAGAGAAUUUGGUUAACCUCGUCUUGCUUCUCCUUCACAAAAGAGGCGCAAGGACAAGAAGCGUUGAUCAAUUCUCUUCGGAUUUAGUUAAUAGUUGUAGUAAAUAAGAAUACAUUUGCUAGCUAAAUGCUUAUGUUAUGCACAUCUAAAAACAUAGUAGUUGAUUGGAUCCAUGUCUUAUACAUUCACAAUGUAGCUACUAUGUGUUUGCAACUUGAUUGA